UCUCUUGUUAAGUAUAUGUAUGUGGUACAGCUGUGAAUUUGACAAAGAUAAACGGCUGACAGUUUUCAUAGUGAUGUGGGGAGGCUUCAGUGAUGUUGACAGCCAGGGGAGCGAUGGUUGGGAUUCAGGAGGAGAUGAACUGGAUCAUAAAUCUGAGGCGUCCAAGGAUUGGCUUUGGCGAACAUCAAACUCUCUACAAAGGCUGGAGCAAGUGAAACCUUCUGUCUACAACAUUACCCUUCUGAAAGAUGCCAACAGCCUGAAAGGAGGUUUAGGAAAAUACAAGUCAGGGGUCAGACAAGAAAGAUCAGGGCAAGAACCAGAAGAUAUACCAGGACAUGGGCACAAGACACUGAAAACCAAUAAGACAGCUUGGGGCAGCUCAAGCUGUCUUGUGGACUUGGUCAAGCAAGAAGGAAACAUCAGGCAAAGGCCGGCGAGUUCUAAGUUGGCCUCUACUGGCCGGCCACCUAGUGGUAAACUAUGUCGUCCUCACAGUGCCCACGCGGGAGGUCAGAGCUCCCAGAGACAAAAACCUCUCUUGGGCAUGGCUAUUGUAGGCAACCAGUGUCAUUCCAGUGCGCAACCCCCUUAUCUAGAGCCUCAUCGACACUCUCCAUCAGCUGGAGCCAACUCCAGGAAAUCUUUGCGAUCCACAUCCACUGUGCCUGCUCCACCUACCAGACCAAGGAAAGAUAACCCAGAGGAUGACUCACUCCUAGAUGUCUCAAGUGAUUACCUAAGUGACACACCAGAGUUGUCUGCUCCUGUUCUAGAGAAGCUUCAUUUCAGUCUGCCCAGUACAGAUGAGGCAGAUGAUUAUGCAGAAAUGUCAACUGAGAGUCUGCUAGCAAAAGCAAGGAACAGACACAGAGGUAAUCCUGUAGAGCUGAAUCAGUCUGCAGAAGAUCUUGGUGGGCAUUGUUGUCCUCCCAGCCCUACAGACACUGAGCAUCUGAAUUCAUUGACAGAUGGUGCAAACCUAAGUUAUGUCUCAGCAGAUAAAAUAAACACUCACGUUUCUCAGAGAAUUUGUUUGAAUAUUGAUUUAACAUCAGUUGGGGAUGAAACGGAUUAUGACACUGAAACACACAGAAAGAAUGCAAUGAAAAACUCUAAAGUUGAUGAAAAUGCAGUUUAUGCAUUGAAACCCAGCUUUGUAAACUUGAAAGAGAAACCUGUUUUAAAUUUGAAUUCUACACUAGAGUAUGGAGAAUUUUCCUUAAGAGGACCGGGUGGAGAAGAAACAUCAUCAUAUGUUGGUUUCAGACAUGGACGGCAUAAAGAUGAUGACAUUGAAACAAUGAUGUCUGCAUUGUCUGUAAGAGAAGGUCAAGGCCAUGGCCAAGGUCAGAGGGAUGCAAGGUCAGGAGUAGACAACCAAUCAAAGCAGAGAAAUGUUUGCUCUGCUGUCCUGUCCGAAAAGGGCACAGUAUCUGGAAAUAGAACUGACCAAUCAGACCAAGGUGCUCAUCAGGGAUCUGGCCAGUCAAGUCAAGGAAUAGUUUCUGAACCAUGUGACAUAGAUGGACACAACAGCAGCAAAUCAAAAUAUCAGGGAACAGUUUAUUCUUCCUUACCAGAGAAGAACUAUUAUGAGAUGGUGAGGUCAGAAAGUGGGUCACGUUUACAACGGGAUAGAUGCAAGGUACCAGCUUCUGAAAAUGACAAAGAGGAUGGGAGUGUUCUCCAGCAAAUAAAGGUUGUAGGUGUAAGAACAGAGUUACCUGAAAAACACCCCUGUGAUGUUGGGAGGUCACAUGACCUGAGAGAAACCAGACAAAUACGUUUACAUUCUGCGGGAAAUAAUCUGCUCAGGAGGCCCAGAACAUCAUCCGCCUCAGUGAACAAACCCCUGCGAAGGGCGUUUCCCUUGAAGGCAGGGGUCAGUCCUCCAAGGCGCGUCACAUCAGAUGAGUUUGCACUGUCAUUGGAGGAUGUUGAAGGUAUAAAAGCACCUCAAAAACUCCAAAUUAUUUAUGUUAUUGUGCAGAAGAAUCAGGUCCACCCAACUGAGGUUUCCAAGACAACGGGCAAACCACAGCAGAGAUUGGUUCAAGAUAACACUGGUUCAGCAGCAACAUCACAAACUACACCAUUUUGGUAA